GGCAAGCCCAAAAGCGCAUGCGCCCAUGAGAACGCGCCUCUGGGAAUCCUACGCUGUCUCGGUGCCGCGCGAGGGCGGGGGUCCUCCCUCGACUUGAAGCCGCCUCUCUCGCGGUUACCUUGGCGACGACGCGACGCGACGCCCCUCUUGCCGCCUCAGCGACGCCGAUCGGGCUUCCUUCGGCCGCCCCGCCAUGUCGCUGCGGACGUUGCCGCUGCUCGUCCUCAACCUGGGCGGAGAGAUGCUCUACAUCGUGGACCAACGGCUGCGCGCGCAGAGCAUCCCGGGAGACAAGGCGCGCCAAGUCAUGAAUGACAUCAUUGGGGGCAUAUUCAAUAAAAAGUUUAUGGAUGAGCUGUUUAAGCCGCAGGAGCUUUAUUCCAGGAAAGCCCUGAGGACAGUAUUUGAGCGGUUGGUUCAUGCCUCCAUCAUGAGACUGAAUGCCCCCAGUAUGGAUAAGCUUUAUGAUCUAAUGACUAUGGCUUUCAAGUACCAAGUUCUCCUCUGCCCUCGACCCAAGGACCUUCUGCUCAUCACUUUCAACCAUCUGGAUGCCAUUAAGGAUUUCGUCUACGAAUCACCCAAAAUUUUGAACCAAAUUGAUGUUACUUUUCGGAAGCUCAUUGAUACUUACAGCUCACUCUCUGCUGGGGAACUUCAGCUUAUCCGGCAAACACUGCUCAUCUUUUUCCAAGACAUACAUAUCAGGGUUUCCAUUCUCCUAAAAGAUAAAGUGCAGAAUUCAAAUGGCCAUUUUGUGCUGCCAACCUCAGGUUCAGUUCCUUGGGGAACAGAGAUCCCUGGACUCAUCAGACUUUUUAACAAUAAAGGAGAUGAAAUUCAGAGGAUUCAGUUCAGCAGUGGAGGAAAUUACGUUCUUCCUUAUCGGGAAGGCUCAUUUGACCUUCAUGGAGACAGAGUCAUUAAACUGGGAACAAACAUAUACAGCAUCAGCCGACCUGUAGAGACAGAUGCAUCAGGGGCCACUAAAAGCUUGGCAUCUCAUGUUAAGGAGAACACUGCUCCCAACCCUCUUGCUAAAGAAGAGCUGAAUUUGUUAGCCAGGCUGAUGGGUGGCUUGGAGAUCAAGAAUCCCCUCAUCAAGGAGGCUGGUUUUCGUCUGAAUCUCUUUACCACUGAUGAGGAGGAAGAACACGCUGCCCUGACUCGUCCAGAGGAAUUAUCCUACCAGGUUAUCAACAUCCAUGCAGACCAGGAUCAACAACGGAACGAGGAGCUGGAUCGCAUCAUGGGGGAAUUUGAGAUGUCAGAACAGCACAGUGAGACAACCAGCAAGGGGUGUGAUUUGUUGGCAAUGAUGGAUAAGCUGUGAUCCUCAGCUCUGGAGAGCCACACAGCUUUGAUGCCAAGGAAUGUCAGGACACACCAUCUUGAUGGGAACAGCACCUAAGUCCUGUAGAAGAGAAUGGCUAUCUUAGCUAUCCAUUUUGUUAGGACAUAAGAUUUGGAAAGUGUCUGAGAUCUGUUUGACAGCCCUUUUCUCUGGCUUUAGGGAAAUGUGGGCACAAGUGUGGGAGGACACUAUGGGACAGCAAUUUUGUUCCUUGGUUAUUAAUGGCUCUGCUCAAGUGUCAUGUAGUUAGCUUACUUAAAAAGAAAGCCCACAAAUCCUCCAGAUAAGUUCUGUAAAUAAAAAUACAUACCAUGAGAUAACAAUUUACAUUACUGUGAAAGCCAAGUUUACAAUGAUAUUGCAGCUAUUUUCCUUUUUAAAUGAAAAAACUGCUACCUUGUUUAUUGUAGAUUUUUUAAUGCUCACUCCAGUAAGAGUUUUUGUAAUCAAAACCUGAGUAAAGAAAGUUACUGCUUGCCCAGAA